UCAUUGUUUGUGAUAUUGUGUAGUUGAUUCUUCAAGAAAAUCCGAGGGUCAAGCAUUUUGGUAUUCAGAGGAAACCAUUACCUCUAGAACCAUCUGUACUUUUGCGUGAGGCUAACCGCCGAAGGGCUUCUCUCUCUGCUGGGAAUUUGUUUGAAAUGUUUGAUGGUCGCUCAGUUGUUAUUGAUGGCUCAGGUCCAGAUGGAUCCUUAAAGAUGUCCCCAUCACCUAAAAUAAAUACGAUUUCCAUGUCAAGGACUAAUUCUUCACCAGGAAACUUUGAGAGCUCAAUAGAUCGACCAAUGAGACUUUCAGAGAUCUACGUUGCUGCUGAACAUGCUCUGCGGAACACAAUUUCUAAUCCUGAUUUAUGGAAAUCAUUGUCUUCUGUAAAGGAGUUUGAGGAAAAAUAUUUGGAUCUAUCAAAGGGCGCUGCUGACAAUUUUUAUCGUUCAUGGUGGAAAAGACAUGGUGUUGUCCUUGAUGGUGAAAUUGCAGCUGUCUGCUAUAAGCAUGGGAAUUAUGAUCUUGCUGCAAAAUCCUAUGAGAAGGUAUGCGCUCUUUAUGCUGGUGAAGGAUGGCAGGAUUUGUUGGCAGAAGUUCUUCCCAAUUUAGCAGAGUGUCAGAAGAUGCUUAAUGAUCAAGCUGGCUACCUGUCAUCUUGUGUGAGGUUGCUCUCCCUAGAUAAAGGCUUGUUCUUGACCAAGGAACGGCAAGCUUUUCAGUCAGAAGUUGUUCAACUUGCACAUAGUGAAAUGAAACACCCUGUGCCCCUAGAUGUGUCCUCAUUGAUCACAUUUUCUGGCAAUCCUGGGCCACCUUUGGAGCUAUGUGAUGGGGAUCCUGGUACCCUAUCUGUAACUGUGUGGAGUGGCUUUCCUGAUGAUAUAACUCUUGAAUCGCUUAGUCUCACUCUGAAUGCUACUUAUAAUGCCGAUGAAGGUGUUAAGACAAUAAGGAGCUCUGAAGCUACUAUACUAAAGCCUGGCAGGAACACAAUCACCCUUUCCCUACCCCCACAGAAACCGGGUUCCUAUGUCUUGGGGGUUCUUACUGGGCAGAUUGGUCACUUGAGAUUUAGGUCUCAUAGUUUUUCCAAAGGGGGACCUGCAGAUAGUGAUGAUUUUAUGAGUUAUGAGAAGCCAACUAGACCCAUCUUAAAGGUGUUCAAACCAAGGUCACUGGUUGAUCUUGCUGCAGCUGUUUCAUCUGCUUUACUAAUGAAUGAACCUCAGUGGGUUGGAAUAAUUAUAAAGCCAAUUAACUACUCCCUUAGGGAUGCUGUCUUGCAUAUUGACACUGGUCCAGGUUUGAGGAUCGAGGAGUCAUAUAUCAUUGAAAUGGAGAGGUAUGCCAAGGAAUCACAUAUUUCAGGUGACUUGGGUUACUCAGAUGAUGCUAAAAAUGAUGGCUCUUCUACUGUUACUGAAGAAUUACAGCAGCUAACUCUUCAGGAUGGUAGAAUAGAAUUGCCAUACUGGGCUAGCAAUAUAACUUCUGUUUUGUGGAUUCCAGUGCGUGCUAUUAGUGACAAGUUAGCUAGAGGAACAUCCACAGGAGCAGUGUUUCCCCAAAGACAGAGUGUUGUAGAUGGAUUGAGAACAAUAGCUCUGAAACUUGAAUUUGGAGUAUCACACAACCAGACAUUUGAAAGGACCAUAGCUGUGCAUUUCACUGAUCCUUUCCAUGUGAGCACACGUGUUGCAGACAAAUGCAAUGAUGGUACUUUGCUUUUGCAGGUGAUACUACACUCACAAGUGAAGGCUUCAUUGACCAUAUAUGAUGCUUGGCUGGAUCUUCAAGAUGGAUUUUCUCACACUAAACAUGGUGAUGGGAGACCAACAUCCGCCUACUUUCCGCUUCUUGUUUCCCCAACAUCGAAAACUGGAAUUCUGUUCAGUUUAUGCUUGGGGACUACAAUCGCUGAAGAUGAAGCAAAGGAGUUGCAUCCAGAUAGUAUAUUAAACAUCAGAUAUGGAAUUGCUGGUGAUAGAAACCUAGGAGCCCAUACCCCGGUUGCUGUGGAUCCCAUCAGACCCGAGGAAGUUACAAAUUCUUUGAUCUUUAGGAGUGCUCUUGUUUUGCAGCGGCCUGUGCUGGACCCUUGCAUGGCGGUUGGUUUUCUUCCUCUUCCCUCAAGUGGUCUCAGAGUUGGCCAGCUUGUUACCAUGAAGUGGAGAGUUGAAAGGUUAAAGGAUUUUCAGGAAAAUGAAGUUCCUGAAAACAAUGAUGAGGUGUUAUAUGAAGUCAAUGCAAACUCUGAGAAUUGGAUGAUUGCUGGAAGGAAAAGAGGUCAUGCUUCAAUUUCCACAAAGCAAGGUUCAAGGAUAGUCAUUUCAAUAUUAUGUGUGCCGCUGGUGGCGGGAUAUGUUCGUCCUCCUCAACUGGGCCUGGCCAAUGUGGAUGAUGCAAAUAUAAGUUGCAACCCUCCCGGACCUCAUUUGGUCUGUGUCAUGCCUCCAGCUCUCAGCUCCUCUUUCUGCAUACCAGCGUGAUAUACUUGAGGCCAUCUUUGAUUUAACACACUUUACAGGUGGACUUGGUUUCCCAUUCCAUAAGAAGUUAUAGGUAUAGAGGUAUAUUUCAGGUAGCCAAUUUUGAUCAUCUAAGAAAUUUGUAAAUCUGUAUUUUUUCCAUAAUUGAAAAUUAAGAAACUGGGUUUUGAAUUUAAUUCGGGUUGGUGGUUCUUAGAGUGCUAAACUAUGCGGCUGUUGUGUAGUCUCUUGGCUCUUGCAGAAUGGACUUCUGGACUAGUACAAUAGUGUAGACUGAAAAAAUACAAACAGUUUUCUUUCAAAAAAAUUUAUUUGUAAAUGCUGCUGAAGUGCUACGUUGUUGUUCCUUGUAAUAUUGUGAUGUUAGACAAAGGCAUCCUUGUCCUUGUAAAUUUUGUGGCUUGAAUUCUCCUUUAUUCAAUGAUUUCUAUGUUUUCUU